UCGUACUUCAUCUGAUAUCUUUCUUGACGCCAAAAAGUCCAGAACGCGCUGUAGAAUCAGCAUUAUCGACAUGUUUCGAUGCUCCAUUUUUCCGAGCAUCGCCGUUUCCCAGGGGCACACUAGGCCGAGUUAGGUCAACGGCAAUGAAAUCAGCUUCGCCAGCGGCUACCUCUGCACUCUCGUGGCUGCAUCGCUUCAAGCCUCAAUACCAAUCAUUGAAACAACGGCGUGGAUCAAAAAUUUCGCUCAUCGUUUGUUACCGUUGUGCUCCCUUUCCUUUGCCCAUCAGUCGAGCUGCAAAUAGAGUCAGAAUCUGCCUUGCAUUCGGAAACAACAACAGCCGGACACUUCUUCUUUAUCGUCACCUUACAGCAUUCCAACCAUCCGCACCGAAAGCAGCAUCCGACAUGCCUUCUCCGCUUUCGGUCAGGGACAUGGUCAGGAUGCGGAGGAUCUCGCUCGUCCCCCUCAUCGAAGGCAUGUUAGACGCUCAAAAUAGAUCUCCGAGAUACUCGCGGCGGCGGGCCGCUGGUCAGUUCGUCACAAACAUUGGUGCCCGUGCGGAGGGACAACGCAUGCAGCCCUGCAUCGUUGUGGUUGGUGUAGCGAGCGGUGGGCGCUUACUUUGUGAACAACCAACCACCCAAAAUAUAACCGCCGCCUUCAAUCUGAUGGAAGCGCCGAGGAUUAUGUGCGUCUUGAUUGGAUUAUCCUAUACACCACAAGGCCCAAAGGAGCAGCCUUCUGCAAGGGCGACAGCGGAGAACCGCUAUUGCCUUUGCUGCAAUGCUAGUGAGCUUUCCGUCUGCUUUGUGACCAUCUUAAUUGAUUUCUUUAGUCCGCCUUCGUUUGAUCUUGAGAAACAUUGUUUGAGACGGUUUAUCAUGGCGGGUCCUGCAUUGCAACUAUUUCCUCCUCCCCCUCGACCCCCGAGGCAACCGAGUCCGAACAGGAAGCUCCGCGUAAAGCCCCCUACUCCUGAGCCAACAGCAGAGAAGAUGGAGAGUGCAAAGAGUACGAAGGCUCCAACCGACUUCCAUGAGCUCAUCAUUCAAGUCAAUUCGGUUCCGGUGUCACCGUCAAACUCGGUAGCAGCUCCCCCAAGAGCACACAUACCUAAUUCGUCUGCUACUCGGUCACCUACACAAGAAAGCAGGCCAAUUUUCGACUCACCUCCCAGGCCAAGGGAACCAUCGCCCACAAUGCACAGAAAAGCCUCCCAUCGCAUCCAAGAUCCUCGAGCACCAUCGCCGUCACUGCCAGUUCGAGAUGACCAAAGAAAACAACGCUCACCAAACUCAAGUCCUGUUCUGAACCGAGUAGCAUCCCCAGCUUUUUCGGAGAUUAGGACAGUGCAUUCAGCGAGUCCUACACUAGUCCGGGCCAACAGCGCUGCUACAAACUUUACAAGACAGUCAACAGGGGAAGAGAUUCCAAUCCGGUCGAUAUUCCCAGUCUACAACCCCACUGUUCCUUUGGCCCAACAACAGUACAAACCAACUCAAGCAUCCCCAACACACAUUCCAAAGACACAGAUCAGCAGGUCACCAUACUCUCCUGAAUUCUAUAUCCCCCACAGCAACAUCGCAGGAGAUGGAAGCACGAGUCCUCCACCAAAGCCUUUCUUCACUCCUUCCCAUCUUCUCGACAACCUAUGGGUAGCGUGUAAUGGCCAAGAAGAUCCAGCAGUACAGCUUUACACCCUACGAAUGCACCGCGCUACUGCAGCCAACCCGACAAUAACCUUCGGCACCACUCCAUCUCUUCCUUUCUACAGCUUAGGUCAAGCAAACCUUGCUGGCGAACACGAAGUUCAGAGUAUUAUGCAGGAACUGCUCAUUCAACGCCACCACCCUACCCAACCACGCGUCCUUCCCAUUGCUCAUCUCGACCUCAUUGCUCCACCAUCAAUGGACAGCCAGGUCUUCGACCCACUCCAACAAGAAUCGACGACGCUCCUUACAAGCAUCUACCCCAAACUUGCUGCACUCCAAGCCCUGGACGCUGCAGCAAACACACCUGCUGCAUCACAUAUCGCUCUCACUGACCCAGGGGCGACAUCACCGGCAGCCCAAGCACUCGCUGAAGGCGUCCUCAUGAGUGCUGCCCAACGUGAAUGCUGCGCACUUGCCUGGACCCGGGAUGCCCCACAACAGCAAACUAACCCCUGGGCGCAACACAUGCCCUCAGAAGGCUCAUACUCAUUGCAUCAUCCCAGUCUUGGAAUCUUCCCUAUCCAGAUAGAGGGCGACUGCUCUGUCAUCAACAAACCCUCCACCCGUCCCAUGACUGCGAUAUACGGACACAAUAUACCUUCGACACCUCGACUCAACAACCAAAAACCUGCUUCCAUAACCAUCAUGAACCCAUACAUCCUCUCGCCUACGUCCCCACGCGCAACUGCCUUCGCAAACGGCCUUCCCCCUCCUCCACCACGGCUUGAUAGCCUCGGACUAGAUGCCCGACCAAUCAGCAUAACACCCUCAGAAAUGGAUGUCACUCAACUGCCAACCACGACCGACGCAACCGCCGAUGAUGCUAUGCUCGCACGUCUCGAUUUCGCUAACGACGCUUUAAUCCUAAAUCUCGGCGCUCUCUCCCGCUUCGGAAACCCCUUUCUCAUCGACGUUGCAGCAUCCACGCUCCUUGCAGUCGCAGUCGCAGAAGCGGUGCGCGGGCGGCGCAGCAGGAAUGCAAGUCAAGAGAAUUUCGAGCCUCCACCACCGAGCAUCGUGCUGGGUAAGAAGGGCCCCAGUACCGCGAAGCAGUUCAAAGACUCCUUCGUCGAUGGAUACGAAGCCUGGGGUGGGAAGAAACAUGGUAACCCUGUAUCUAGCCUUCGGAAGUGGUCGAUACGGAGCACGACGACUGGGCAUACUUCCAAAUCCGAGUCUUUCGACAAAGAUAUUGAGUUGGGCGAGUGGUACGGGCAGUCACAAACAAAGACAAAAAGUAAAGAGGGGAAGCAGAAGAAAAAGAAGGAGGAGAAGGAUGAAGAUAAAUUACCGCUCGUGACGAGGACGAUUAUAAGUGUUUUGACUUUUGCGUUCAAGACUGUUGUCUUCGUCCUUAGGAUUGCGAUUAAGAUAGUUGCGGGAGUGGUGGUUAUGAUCAUCGGGAUAUCUUCACGACUUCCCUUCAAGACUUUCUUUGUUUUGGUUAUUGGGACAGUAGAUGGUGCUGGCAUAGCAUUUGUCAAACCAAAAGCGCUGUGCUUCACCUCUGAACUCAGCAUCCUGAUUACAAAGACUUCCCUAGCCAUACUAAAGACAGAGGAAUAG